AAAAUUUUCUUAUUACUUUUUACUGCAGAAACAACAAAAAUAUGCGCCUGAGAGUAGCGGUGUUUGUUCUUAUAGUGGUUCUUGUGUCCACAGUGACUGAAGGACGUCGAUUGUCAUCCAGCAAACUCGAACGUUAUGUAAAACUCUUAUGUUCAUAUUGGUACAACUGGCCAUGGGUACUUGAAGCUGAGAGAUCGGAACCCACGGAACGAUUACCACAGAUAAGAGCACUGGUUGGAACAUGUAAAGUCGACGUCGGUACUUGCCCAGUUGGGUCAUGCUCAACAUUUCGAAAGUUUUCAGAAUUUUGUCCUGAUAAUGGUUACACAUGCGCCAAAACAGAAACCCGAAUCCGUGACUGCGGGGAGUUCGGAGAAAUAAAAUACGAAUACGUUAAACAUUGUGGAUGCUGUGAGGAAACCGAUAUAGUUGUCACGGGUGUUGUAAAAGAUCAAGUCACUAGAAAACCAGUCGGUAGAAUUAAUCUCUACUUUAACAGAAGGAACCCUACACGUACAGGCAAAAAUGGCAUGUUUAAAUCCACCAUUAAGUCCAACGUUCGGCGGGUUGUUAUAACGACAAAGGGCAAGAACUAUUUGGAAGCCGUCAAGGUUGUUGAUAUACCAGAAGGAUUUAGAGGCCCAGUGGAAGUUGAACUUUUUGUUGUUAAGAAGCCUAAGCCUGUGAAAAUUGAUUCAACCGUUAAAACAAUACUUUCUCUUUCAAACAAUCCUUUAAACCCAGAAGCCGGACAUACAACUGUUGUUAUUCAACCAGAUUCUUUUACUGAUCGCCAAGGGAAGCUUUAUAAAGGAGUUGUCAAUGCACGCGUAACUUUUAUUGAUACAGAAAAUAUCCCCGAUACUGAAGCUCCAGGUAUAUUCCAAACACCUGUUGGAAAUUCGGUCGAACCUCUUAUCACAGAUGGUGUAUUUUCCUUCAAUUUUGAGAGUGCUGAUGGAAAAGAUAUUAAGCUUUCUGCACCAGUGCAAUUUACUGGGAGGGAAGGUAUGAAAGUAUGGAAACUUAAUUCUUUAACCGGUUUAUGGGAACUUGUGAAACCAUCUCAAACAAGAGGUAAACGUCAGGUUUCUCUUGAUGACAUACUGAGCAUUGAAACUGAUCGUUGGUAUAAUAUUGACAAGAUUCCUGGUGCUCCAAGAUGUUACUUUAAAGGACGAAUAUUUGAUGAACUAAGUGGAGUAGAGAUCACAAGCAGCAGUACUGCAUCAUUUAGGCCAGAAAUAACUGCGUACACAUCCAUUGGACAGCGUCUGCGACUGUAUGCGGGAUAUUCAACUGAACCAAGUACAACAUGCUAUGAAGUGAGAUGCCCAAUAGUUAGUAAUCCUGAUGAUAACCUUGCUGGGUUUAUUAACAUGUCUUCAACAGAAGUUGUUUCUAUUGGGGGAAUAAAUUUUCCACUCAUCACUUAUCUUAAUCCAAGAGAACUUGCUGACUAUGAUGCUGUUGAUAUACAGCCAAAACUUUCCGAUGUUCAAUACGAAAUUGUUCCAAAUAAUUUGGACAUUUUCGUAAAUUUUGUUUCCGACAUUGCUGGUCCGUUUUACACAGACAAAACCACAUGUGAAAGUUCAAGUGUCACACAGCCUGCUUUCCAUUUCUUUAAACCAGAACUGCCUAGUUACGAGCCGGUCCCUGAUGAUGCUGAAAUUUGCACAGCUAGGAUUGCCUUCAAAGAUAGCUUUAACUUCUACAACUAUUUAUCAGACUUAUCCUUCUUGCCAAAUGUUACGGGAAUCAGCGUGUGGGAACAAGAUGGCUCUAAAUUCUACUACACAGAUGUUGCUCAAAUGAAACUAUCAACAGCUGGCAACGUCAAAUUCGUUUUCAUUUGUAUUAAGUAUAGAUGUAGCCAAGACAACGAAUUGACCACCGUUUAUAUUGAUAUAGACAUCCCUAUUGUCAACAUUACUUAUAACCGUACAUUUCCUAAUGGCACAGUCACUACCUACACCGACCAAAGACCAGAAUUUGGUUGUUCGGGGAAAAACACUGGAGAUUUUUCAGUUAACGCGGGAGGUGACAUCGCUUCUAUUGAAGGUUCUUUUAUUGCGCCAGAAAACGUCGGGACUGGUCCAGAUUUCUACGACACGGAAGUCAACGAUUGCAUACAGGAGAAAGAUGAUUCAAAUUUUGCAUUUGAAUUCUUUUGCUACAGUAAAUAUGAGAACCAAGAUACAUAAACCCAUGGUUUAAAUUUAAAACAAGUGUCAAAAAUGCUAAUGAAAUAAUCUUUUUACUUAAAUAUUCCUUGAUAAUAUCUGAAAAACAAUGUCAUUGGAAAUAAACAUUACUAACUAGCAAGAAGGAAAGAAAAAAAGCCAACAACAUAAAAAAUAUCUGUACUUUAUUUUUUUCUUAUUAAAUGUAACAUUUUAUUCUUUUAGAGAUAUUUUGCAACUGAGGGCUAAGCAUCUGAAUUAUACAUAUAUAGUUAAUGUAAUCAUUUGGUUUGCUUCUCAGUACUUGCAUGUUUUAGAUUUGGUUAAAUGUACUUUUCCAAAUUACAAAUAAAAACAAAUGAACUGCAAAUGAGAUAA